AUAUAGAUAUCAGCUAUCAUAUAUUUUGCAUCGUCUUAAACUUUAAGGGAUCAAAGCAUUGAUUAUCCAAAAGAAAAAACUCAUGGACUCACCUCAUAAGCCAAGAUCUUUUUCCCCUAAUCUGUUCUUUUUCUUCCUUCUUGUGUCCUCAAAUCUCCUCACUUUUUCCAUUUCUAACACCUUUAAGCACUCUUCUUGUUUACUAUACCAACAAACAUAUAAUGCCAUUGCAGCAACUAGAGAUGAUGAUAUUCAAGAAUCUGAUAAACCAGCAGCUGAUUUAGACCUUCCAUCUGAGUUCCUUGCUUUCACAUCUCCACAUAAACUACCAUUUGGAUUCAGCAGAAACUUUGAUUCUGACGAAAUCAACCCUCCGGUGGGGCGCCCGUGCACCAUGUUCCCGGAUUUAAUUCGUCGUUACAUGUCAUAUAGAGUCAAUGGCUCUUGCCCUGAUGAUGAGAUCCUGGGACAGAAGCUGCUUCUCAAAGGUUGUGAGCCUCUCCCUCGCCGCAGAUGCCGUCCUGCUUCUCAACAGGAAUAUGUUGAGCCUUACCCUCUUCCUGAGAGUCUAUGGACUACACCAUCAGAUUCAUCUGUUGUUUGGACAGCAUAUACUUGUAAAAACUAUGAAUGUCUCAUAAACAGGGUGAAAUCUCAGAAAUCAUUUGAUGAUUGCAAAGACUGCUUUGAUCUCAAUGGAAGAGAGAAAAACCGUUGGUUGUCGACAAAGGGAGCUGGCCUUGACUUCUCCAUUGAUGAAGUACUAGCAGUGAAGAAACCUGGUACAAUCAGAAUUGGACUUGACAUUGGAGGUGGUGUGGCUACGUUCGCGGUAAGAAUGAGAGAAAGGAACAUAACAAUAUUAACAACUUCAAUGAAUCUCAAUGGUCCUUUCAAUACAUUUAUAGCAUCAAGAGGAGUCAUACCUUUGUACAUAAGCAUUUCACAGAGACUUCCUUUCUUUGACAACACACUAGAUAUAGUGCACUCAAUGCAUGUGUUGAGUAAUUGGAUACCAUCAACACUGCUACACUUCUUAUUUUUCGACAUCUAUAGAGUUCUUCGGCCUGGUGGGCUGUUCUGGCUUGACCAUUUCUUCUGUGUUGGUGAGCAAUUUGAGCAUGUCUAUGCUCCCCUUAUAGAGAGCAUUGGAUUCAAUAAGGUCAAGUGGGUCGUAGGGCGAAAGUUGGAUAGAGGCCCCGAGCUGAAUGAAAUGUAUCUUUCAGCACUGUUGGAGAAGCCACUCAAGAAUUCUUGGUGACAGUAUUAGAUGUUUCUUUUACUUUCUUACUUUGUUAGAAACAGAAGAGAAAGGAGGGAUCUUUCAGCACUGAUGUUUUUUCUUCUUUUUUAUUAUUUACUAUCGAUUCGUUUUAGAUUACAUCUCUAGAUAUAAACUAACAGUUUGAGGUAACUUGAGUAUGAGUUUGUAAUGUUUGUGGACUAAACCCUGAUUAGCUUUCAAAUUUGCUGGUGAUGCC